AUAGAACAUUCCCAUGCGCACUUUGUACAGAAUUGCAACCUGUCAUGUCCUUGUCUCAGGUUUGGGCCAUACUACAUUGAGCCUGUGAUUGCUGGUCUGGACCCAAAGACCUUUGAACCCUUCAUCUGUUCCCUUGACCUUAUUGGAUGCCCAAUGGUGACAGAAGACUUUGUUGUGAGUGGAACUUGCUCAGAGCAGAUGUAUGGCAUGUGUGAGUCGUUAUGGGAACCUGACAUGAAACCAGAGGAUUUAUUUGAGACCAUCUCACAGGCCAUGCUGAACGCUGUUGACAGAGAUGCAGUGUCUGGAAUGGGAGUCGUUGUUCAUGUCAUUGAGAAGGAUAAGAUAACCACACGCACCCUGAAGGCCAGGAUGGACUAGAGAAAAAUACUACUGCUAUGUUUCCUCUCCUACAACCCCAUUUUUUGUACUGAAAUAGAAUUUGCCUUGUUCCAUUUGUCAUCAUAAAGAUCGAAUUGUUCAAUAAACAUUUCUAAUAUUUA